UAUUCUGUGACAAGUAUUUUGAUUCGUAUCUGUUGGACGUAAGAAAAUAGAAAUUAAGGGGGAGUAGAGGGGGUAGAGAAGAAGAGCUGUCAAAAGAAUUCCCGUGUCUCUGAAACAUCGGGGGCUGUAGUAACCCCCCACUCGGGUCAAAACAGAGAAGGCCUGGGUACCGUAGAAACUCCGUCUACGAAGUCCACCUCGCCGCUUUUCUUUCAGCACCACGGCCCUGUGGGAGAUUCGGUGGUUGAGUUUCGGGUGUUGAAGGUGGCCCGGGGAGCGGCGGCGGAGACGAAGAUGCUCAAGCUGUGGCUGAGGUGCUGCCACCACUGAGGCAUCGUCAGUGUGCUGAACGGAGCAAGCAGAGCAGUCUUGACCUGGCAAUACACGAAUGGCCCAGGGAAGCCACCAGAUUGACAUUCAGGUUUUGCACGACCUGCGCCAGAAGUUCCCUGAAGUUCCAGAGGGUGUUGUUUCCCAGUGUGUUCUGCAUAAUAACAACAAUUUGGACGCCUGUUGUGAGUACCUGUCUCAAGUAAGCCCAGGCUACUUGUACAGCAAAGGAGGCAAACUCAACUACACUGACGACCCCAGCUUCAUCAGGUUCCGGAAUCCCAUGACCCAGCUGAACCUGGGCCUGCAGUCUCAGUCUCAGAAUGUGCAUGCGACCCCGGGAAGGGACGGCCUGAGGAUGAACGGCAGCAGGACACUGUCCCACAGUCUUAGCCUGAGUGACGGGCCCCUACAGACAGGACAGCCCCCGAAUAGUGACUUCUUCCAGCAGGAGCCCCAGUCAGCCCCGGUGCAGGUGCCCGCCAGCCUCAAUGUAUUUGGCGUGAUGGAGCCCACGCGCAAGACCCAGCCGCCCCAGCACCUGGGACUCUACCAGCUGGGGGGGAAAGGACAAUCCAUGGGCCAACAUGGCCAGCAGAUGCCCCGCUUCAACCCCAUCACCGUCACCCUGGCCCCCAACAUCCAGACGGGUCGCAACACCCCCACCUCUUUGCACAUACACGGCGGGCCCCAUACACAGUCCGGCUUGAGCAGUCCACAGGGUAACUCUAUCUACAUAAGGCCUUACGUGACCCAGCCCAGCGGUACAACCCGGCAAAGCCAGCAGCAGCUUCAGCAGCAGGCAGGAAGGGCCCAGUACAGCCCCACCUCCCAACCCCAGCAGCAGAUCUACCAGAUCUCCCAUCCCACCUCACUGCCUGGCUCCUGGACAGGCCCUUCCUCCCAGCAGCACCAGCACGGCUCCUCACAUACCUCACAGCACCAGUCACAGGGCCACCAGACCUCCCAUGUCUACAUGCCCAUCAGCUCCCCCACCAACCCACAGGCCCCCUCCUCUAUCCUCCAGGCCCCCUCUGGAGGUCAGGGCUCCUCUUCUGGUGCCUCCUCCUCUGGCAUGCCCUUAGGCAUGUCCUCCUUCAGCCAGUACAACAUCCAGAACAUCUCCACCGGACCGCGCAAGAACCAGAUAGAGAUCAAACUUGAAUCUCCUCAGAGGAGCAACUCCACCACGACCACGGCCGUGCUGCGCACCAGCAGUGGCCCCCGCUCCAACUCCUCCACCUCCUCCUCCUGCCCCUCAUCCUCCUCCUCUGUCGGGACAGCACCUGGCCCAACCACCACCCCCCUGUCCAUCGGAGGCCCAGGUCUGAGCCGCAGCCAGCCCACUGUUUACAUCUCUGCCAGCCCGCCCACUGUUGCUGCUACCACCCCCUCUGAAGAGGCCAACAUGGCCUCAUCCGGCUCUCGCUCCCAGCCCAAGUUUUACAUUACUGCUAAUAACGAUGACGGUGGGGGCAGAAACCCUCCAACCGUCUACAUCUCUGCUCAACCACCUCCGCACGGGUCCCAGGGGCCCCGCAAUAUGGGGGGCCAGGUGAGCAUGGGCCCCGCCUACAUCCACCACCACCCACCCAAGUCCCGCGCGUCUAUGGGAGGGGCAGGCACAGCCACCUCGCCCCGAGUGGUGGUCACCCAGCCCAACACCAAGUACACUUUCAAAAUCACCGUGUCCCCCAACAAGCCCCCAGCGGUGUCCCCCGGCGUCGUGUCCCCCACCUUUGAGGCUACCAACCUCCUCAGCCUCCCCUCGGACCACCAUUUUGUGGAGCCUGACCCACAUCAUCUCUCAGACCCACUGUCUGUACACAGGGAGAGGCCCAGCGAGCCACGCAGACUCAGCAUGGGCUCAGAUGACGCAGCAUACACACAAGCCCUGUUGGUUCACCAGAAGGCCCGCAUGGACCGGCUGUGGCAUGAGCUGGAGCUGAAGAAGAAGAAGCUGGAAAAGCUAAAAGAGGAAGUCAACGAGAUGGAGAACGAUCUGACCAGGAGACGGCUAGAACGAUCCAACUCCCAGUCCCAAAUCCCCUCGAUUGAGGAAAUGCAGCAGUUGCGAUGCAACAACAGGAUACUGCAGAUUGACAUUGACUGCUUAACUAAAGAAAUCGAUCUCCUUCAAACAAAAGGACCACACUUUAAUCCCAGUGCCAUUCAUAACUUCUAUGACAACAUUGGAUUCCUAGGUCCUGUCCCACCCAAACCCAAAGGUACUUUAUCUGUUGAGCCAGAGGGCCUGGGGAAAGACAGGAGAACAUUUAAUGUCACCUCCACCCUAACCAUGGAACCCUCCUCUGCCCUUCCUCCCCCUGCUGCUCUCCCUCUGGAGUCGAGCAGUAAGAGCGUUAAGACUGUAGCAGACCAGGAGGAAGACGAGGGGACGCAGUGGAGCUGCACGGCCUGCACCUUCCUCAACCACCCUGCCCUCAACCGCUGUGAACAGUGCGAGUUCCCACGGCACUUCUGAGCCACAAAGACGCCAACAAUACCAACAACCCGCAUCACUUUUCAAUGCGAAUCAAAGAAACUACAUUAGAAAAGACUGUUUUUUCCCCUUCUUUUUCUAGUGGUAAGAAAAUGAAUGGACAGGGGUUUGUAGUUUUUUUUUCCAUUUUGGGACUGUUUCUUUCCCCCUUCCUCCAAGGUUUGUAGUUUUUUUUCCAUUUUGGGACUGUUUCUUUCCCCCUUCCUCCAAGGUUUGUAGUUUUUUUCCAUUUUGGGACUGUUUCUUUCCCCCUUCCUCCAAGGUUUGUAGUUUUUUUCCAUUUUGGGACUGUUUCUUUCCCCCUUCCUCCAAGGUUUGUAGUUUUUUCCCAUUUUGGGACUGUUUCUUUCCCCCUUCCUCCAAGGUUUGUAGUUUUUUUCCAUUUUGGGACUGUUUCUUUCCCCCUUCCUCCAAGGUUUGUUUUUUCUUUUUCAUUUUUGGACUGUUUCUUUCCCCCUUCCUCCAAGGUUUGUAGUUUUUUCCAUUUUGGGUCUGUUUCUUUCUCCCCUCCUCCAAGGUUUGUAGAAUGCUAUCCACUGAAGGCUUGACUGGAUAGUGUUUACAGGUUGUGUUACUUUACUAAGCCAGCAGAGUUGGAUGAUACCUCACCUUGGAGUCUCUGCAUGCGUUGGGUCACCCCCCUCUCCCUCCUCCUGCUCAACGCUCGGCAGGCGACUUUACCCCUGGGGGUGCCUCGCCUUUUCCAUAUACAGUAUUAACAAGUUGUCCUGCAGUGUGUUGGCACACACAAACACGUAAGCCAAUAUGGGUGCCAACGUGCAUUUGCUGAUUUUUUUCUUCUGUGAUGGCCUAAUCAGGAAUGGGAACUUUGGUCAGCCGUCACCUCACACCUGAAGGGAAAACUAACAGACUACUUGUUGACAAUUUGUUUGGUUUCUGUGUCUAGAGGAUGACAGGGGGAAACUUACUGCCACCAAAACUUUUCUCUCAUCUUCUGUAAUGUCCCUUAUCAAUCUGCGUCUCUUCAAUCUAGAGUAAAAAGAACGGAAACUCAAUUGCAUGUUUUAUGUGUACAGUACAUGGAGGGAGGAAAUACCCUUAUGCUUUUUACUGUACAUCAUUUUUGAAUGUGCCUUAAAUGCCUUCUUCCUCACUAUGAAUCACUUGUAUUUCCUGUAAGUAUAGCUUUAUAGACUUUAUUUACUUUGUUUUGUCUUGUUUUGUUUCCAUUUUCUUUCAAACCAAUAAGUACGGUGUCCCUUUUAAGCUUUUUACUUGAUUUCUGUGAGAAUUGAAGCAUUGUGGAAAAAAGAGGCGCAGUUGAAUGAAAACUAUGCAGUCAUGAAGCUUCUUCCGCUCAGUCUGUCGUUCAUCACUUGUGUCUAUGCUGAAUUUCCUGUGUACGAUCUGCAGAUGCAGCAAAGUCAAAAGAAAGAUGGAGGAGUUUUUUUUAGGAUGCAAGAGCUCUUGGACAGGUGAAAAAAGCUCAUAAGCAGAAUGACAAACUGCCAUCUUAUCUGACAACUGGAAUGUAGGUUUAAUAUUUGGGGACUUUUACACCUCAGUGCCAAGAGAUGCAUGAAUUUUUACAGUUCACCUAAAUCUUGCAUCAGAAUAGAAGCUUUCGAGUCGGAUGAAAGAAAGACGGACUUUGGUAAUUGUAUUAAGGUGUUAAGGCCCUUGUACAGCUUGGUGGAAGGCGACUGUUUCCUGAGGGCUUUCAGAAUCAAAAUAUUUUGCUAUGCAGUAUAAAUUGGGUAAGUGUUCCAAAUGAAUAUGUUUUAAAGUAUUCCUCUUUCAAAUCAGCAGAUAUUUAUAUAGGUAUGUGCUUUACCGUAUCUACCCCUGGCCAGAAGUUUAGAAUAUCUCUAAUAAAAGACAAUAAAGACAGUGCCAUUGUUAUAUUUCCAAUAAAGUGAGACAAAAUAGUGUCUGUCCUCAUUGUAUAAUCAUGUUUUUAUUUGGUUUAAUUUGUCCUGUGAAGCUUUUUAUGAGGAUAGUUUAAAAGUUUACCAUUGUAAUGAUUUUACCUUAAUUGUGGAAUGGGUUAUUAUUGUUUGUUUUUCACGUUGUGAAAUGCUGCCACACAUUACUGCCUUAGAAUGGCAUUUGUAUUGACAAUCUAUGCAGUCACAAAUUAAGAUGUCUUUUUUUUUUUUUUUUUACCAAAGCUUAGUAUUGUCAAAAACUGAUUCGGUAGAAGCCAAAUUCUUAGUUGUCUCUUAAGCACUUAUAACAUUUUUUUCUGUAAAAACCCCAAAGAAACAAAUUGUUCAGCUUUAUCUGCAGCUCGGUGUGAAGUCGGUUAAUAAAUGUUUUAUUCAUAAAAAAAACUAAUUUGGAUAACUAAAGUGUUUUUUUGAUUUUAGCUGGGAAAACUGUCUUUGUAACAGAUAAGUUAUUUGUAAAAAUAAAAAAAAUCUAUUCUGAAA